AUUGCCACCCUUCCUCGUCUUCCAGCAGAUUUGCAACAAGAAGUAGGAAGACAGAAGAUGGAGAUUCUACAAUGCACAGGUCGACGUUUCCAAAAUAUGUGUGAUUCAACGAAUGAACUUAUGAGUUAUGAUGACACAGCAUACGUGUCCACCUAUUACGAGAGGUCAUCUUUAAGACUGUUGACAGACCACGGAAGGAUAUUCAUCAAAGGGAGAUCUGGUUCUGGCAAGUCAAGGCUUGGUCUUAGACUUCUGUCGAAACUAUCUGAAGACAACAGCAGAGUACCUGUUUUACUGACAUCAGCUGAGGAAUGGAAACUGAUACCCAAAAGAACAGGCCGUGAUCGACGCAGGUACAUUGUGAUGUUAGAUAACAUAUUUGGGUCCAGUAACUUAGUCCCUUCAAGAGUAGGUGAAUGGGAAAAAACAUUUAAUAUUAUGUGGCCAUCAAUUGAAUCACAGCAUAUCCUUCUUGUCAUCACAUCGAGACCAGAAAUAAGUGUCAAGUGUGAAGAUGAACUGAAGAAAUAUAAUUUGAUGAAGGACAUGCCGUGUGUCACGUUGGAUGAGGGAGAAUAUGCACUUCAGCACAGUGAGAAAAGGAAAAUGCUGCAGACUAUCUGUCCAAUCAAGAGUGGCUUCACAACGGAGGAUAUAGAAGUUAUUACUGCAUCAAGAGCAGCCCUGGGUUUUCCUCAGUGUUGCAAGUUCUUUGCAGACAGCAAACAAGCACAGGGUAAGGGAGUGAGUUUCUUCCUUCGGCCACAUGAGUAUGUCUUAGAGGAGAUAAACAGACUACAAGAAAGUGACGGUUUGGGGUACCUAGUUCUCCUCCUGAUCCUAAUGUAUAACGGGUGUAUAAAACACACUCUUCUUAAGAAGAGGACACCACAGUUCAGCAGCAUAGUUGAAACUUUAAAAGAUGUGUGUGCAUACAUACCUGAGAAUCCAGGUCUUGUUGGAAUCCGAGAAAAGGCUGAUUCACUCUGUGGUGUAUACUUAGAGCGCACUCAAGAUGGAUAUGAGUUUCAGCAUCAGUCGAUAUCAGAGUGUGUGUUCGUCACAUUGUCAAAGAUCAAUACCAACCUCUGCAUCAAGACAUGCCCUGUACAGUUGCUUUUGGAACUUGUUCAAACGAAAGGAAAUUAUCCAAAUGUGAAUGAGAUGGUCAUAUUGCUGACUGAAGAUCACUAUCCCACAUUUGCUGAUCGAAUUACAACAUUAUUGUUGGACCCAACUCUUUCAAAAGAAAUCUUGUACCAUGCUGCUUUUCAUGAUGACGACUUCAUUCAGUGUUUGAUAUCCAAGUGGAGAUCCGAAGAUAGAAUACAAGUUAUCUGGCGGCUUGUAUUUGAACCUAGAACACUAUCGUGUUUCACCAGGGAAGGUAACAAUGUGCCACUGUUUGGACUUCGGAAGAUAGUUCCACGUCUGAUUUUUAAGAACAUCAAAAGACUUGUGGAUAUUUUGAUUGCUAUGAAUAGAUAUACAGAUACAGGCAUCCUCCAGGAGUGUUUACCUUGUGCUGUGUAUGUAGGUAGAAAUGAGCUUGUCAAGAAAUUACUUGAUUAUGGAGCGACACCAGAUGAACAAUGCUUCAGAGCUCUUUGUCCAGCAAGACAAAUAGACGCCGAUGUCACCGAGACUAUUUUCAACGUUGUUGUGGCAGAGCACAGAAGCUUCACAUGGGAUUCCAUAUCCAAUCUAAGAGAUCUGUUCUGGCUAGCUGUAAUGAAUGGAAACGUACACAUUGUACACCUACUGGUCAAAAGGUUAAAGGGUGACACAGACAGCUUGAGGAUCUUCAGUUAUGCCUUAGCAAGUCUUGUCAGGGAACUUAGUACAGGCCAUAGGUGUCCCAGGUUUAAACCCUAUGAUAUAAGGCAUCUAAGUGAAAUAGUCAGAAUUCUCUUUGGCACAGGAUGCAAGGUAGAUUUUGACUAUCUCACUUUGCAAGCAGCAACUCAUGCUGAUGCAACUGUUUUGCGACUUGUUCUUGAGCAAGGUGUGAAUGUGAAGGAUAUAUAUUCAAAUAGUGAAGACAUGUUCAGCAAAGAGGAAUAUUAUCCAACGCCUCUACAACAGGCAGCAGCUUAUGGGGGAGGGAGUUGUCUGGAAGAAAUCCUCAGUUGCACACAAGCUGGACAGGUGAAGCCGGAUAUUAAACCGGAACGAAGAGUAAUUAACAACGAUGCGUUCUUAUUGCACACUGCAGUUCAACAUGGUAACAUUGAGUGUGCGUCACUGCUGCUAAAGAAAGGCAUUGAAGUCAAUACACAGGAUAGAAAUGGAAAUACACCACUUCAUAUUGCUGUCAAACACAACCAGGUGAAAAGUGUUGACCUGCUACUUUCAAAGCAUGCACUGGUUGACAUGAAAAACAGCAAUGGGUGUAUACCGUUAUUGUGUAUGAAACUUACAUCCCUUCCAGAGCUGAACAUUGUUACUAGACUCAUAAAAGCAGGAAGCGACAUUAAUGAGGUUGAUGCACAAAACAGGACACUUCUUUAUAAAGCGACAGAGUAUGGACAUCUUGCUCUUGUAAAGUAUCUGUGUAACAAGGGAGCCAACGUGAACAUGGAUACACAGCAGAACAUUCCCAAUAUCGCCAUCACAGAGGAACGGAAGCUGUGUAAGAGAGUUAUUCUUGCUGCAUGUAGAAAUGCUGAUAUUGACGUUGUUAAGUUGCUCUGUGAACAUGGUGCUGAUGUUGACGUAGCUGACGACAAUGGGGAAACAGUAAUACACAAGUCUGCAGCAUCCCCAAUUGAUGCUGUGGAGAAACUCCAAUAUCUUCUGGACACUAAGCAGGUGCCUCUGAGCAUAAAAGACCAUUUUGAAAGGACUGUCGUAUUUCCAGCUGUCACGUCAGCUUUACAAACUGGGUAUUUGGAGGUUCUGCACUUUCUGUCGUCCAGAAAACUGGACUUCAAACAAAUAGAUAAAUUUGGGGACAGUUUACUGUUAUAUGCCUUUGGCCAAAACCAAUUUGGCAAUGCAAUAUCUCCGUCAGAUGGCUUUAUUAAGCUAAUGCUAGACCAUGAUAUUGAUCCAAACAUGAAGAACCAACGGGGCCGUACAGUGCUUCACUAUGCUGCAAUCAAGGGGGACAAGAACAAACUGACAAUACUUCUAGAAGGAGGCGCUGAUCCAUGUGUUCCAGAUGAAAAAGGUCGGACUGUGCUCCACCGAGCUGUAAAGAAACAACACUUUCACAAUGUAGGGCUAUUCUUAGGAAAAGGUGCCAAUCCAGAUGUUCAGGACAAAAAUGGUAAAACAGCCCUUCACUUUGCAGGAAAACUUAAAGAUUCUGAGACUGUUAAGCUUCUACUUGAAAAAGGAGCAGACCCUACUGUUCCAGAUAACUGUGGCAGAGAUGCCCUUCAUUAUGCUGUGAAAAGAUGA